CCAGGGCUCAGGAGGGACUAUGUCUCCUGCCAUUGCUCUGGCGUUCCUGCCAUUGGUAGUGACGCUGUUGGUAAGGUACCGACACUACUUCCGCCUGCUGGUGCGCGCAGUCCUGCUGCGGAGCCUCCGAGACUGCCUGUCGGGGCUGCGGAUUGAGGAGCGGGCCUUCAGCUAUGUGCUCACCCAUGCCUUGCCUGGGGACCCCAGUCACAUCCUGGCUACUCUGGAUCACUGGAGCAGCAGCUGCGAGUACCUGGGCCACAUGGGGCCCGGCAAAGGUCAGAUCCUGAUGCGGCUGGUGGAGGAGAAGGCCCCUGCUUGUGUGCUGGAGCUGGGCACCUACUGUGGCUACUCCACGCUGCUUAUUGCCCGUGCCCUGCCCCCUGGAGGUCGCCUUCUCACUGUGGAGCGGGACUCACGCACGGCAGCAGUGGCUGAAAAACUCAUCCGCCUGGCUGGCUUUGAUGAGCGCACGGUGGAACUCAUUGUGGGCAGUUCCGAGGAGGUGAUCCCGCGUCUACGAGGCCAGCAUCAGCUGAACCGGGCAGACCUGGUACUCCUGGCACACAGGCCCCGGUGUUACCUGCGGGACUUGCAGCUGCUCGAGGCCCAUGCCUUGCUGUCGGCUAGUGCCACUGUGCUGGCCGACCAUGUGCUCUUCCCUGGUGCACCCCGCUUCCUGCAGUAUGCCAAGAGCUGUGGCCGCUACCGCUGCCGCCUCCACCACACUGGCCUCCCAGACUUCCCAGCCAUCAAGGACGGCAUAGCCCAGCUCACCUACAGUGGACCUGGCUGAGGCCCAAGACCAGCGGUUUUCAAUGAUGUUCCCCUACCCACCCACCCCAAACCCUCACAAUAUCCCCUCCUUUCCCUGUCUGUGGCCUGACACACACUGGGAUCGGGAGGGA